ACUUCUCCCCUUCUCUCUGCCCCCUGCUUCUUUUUGGUGCAGGACAGUUUUUUCUGCAUCCCUGCUUACGUCUGGCUGCCGGAGAACACAGAGUUCCGCAUUCCCGAGUCCUCCCAGUCAGGGAUCAGUAUAUAAACGUGCUGAUGCAACGCUUUCCUCUGUUCAAAAUCUACUCGAGACCCCCAGCUGACCUGAAGAAGGCACAUCAAGGGAACGCGGGAUCAAAGUCAGCUGUGGUGAAGGGCGUGUAUGCUAUGAUGCCCGGACAGAUCCCUGACCCUUCGGUGACAGCAGGCUCUUUACCCAGCCUGGGCCCGCUAGCUGGGAUCUCUGCCACGACGCUCACAGACCAGCUCAAAUACGCCGACCUGUGCAGUCUAGGAGCCAUGUUGUCUCCACUGCACCUACUCGGCAAGUUGAGCAAGCACCAUCUUCCUAUUAAAGCUGAGAAAGAUGAGGAAGAGGAGAGGAGGAAGAGGAGGCGAGAAAAAAACAAAGUGGCAGCAGCACGAUGUCGAAACAAAAAGAAGGAGCGUACAGAGUAUCUACAAAGGGAGUCCGAGAGGCUGGAGAUGAUGAACUCUGAGCUCAAAGCGCAAAUUGAGGAGCUGAAGCACGAGCGUCAGCAGCUUAUCCUCAUGCUCAACCGUCACCGGCCGACGUGCAUCGUGAGGACAGACAGUGUGAAGACCCCCGAGAGCGAGGCUAACCCCCUCCUGGAGCAGCUUGAGGCCAAAUGAGGAAAAGUGCAAAGACUGAGUGGUGCUUUUCCACACUUACUGUUUACAGGUUAGCUUCCAUACAGCUAACUAGAAGCACUUAGCUCUAAACUCUUGGACAUUUAAGGUUGAACGAGUGAAGCACUCCAACCCGUACGCUUGGAGUUUUUGAGCCUUUGUGGAACCCCUGUCUUACCCACGCAUACAUAUCCCAAUCAGAUUGGGUGACGUGCUGACAGAUACAAGUUUGUAGUUCUUUUUUCCCCCCUGUUUGUGGUCAUUCUGUGCCUAAUGGUUUUAUCUUAAUCCAACAAGGUUAACAAGGCAGUUUGUAACAGAUAGAAAUAAAUAAUAAAAAAAAAACACACACUCCAUUCCCAAAGGUAUCAUGUAAGAUGUUUUGGCCAUGGAAGUGGAUGACUAAUACUAUGUCCAUGAUCCCAGAUCAUAAUCUGCCCUCAUAAUAUUGCUUUUUCUUUCUUUCUUUCUUUCUCUCUUUCUUUCUUUCUUUCUUUCUUUCUCUCUUUCAAGACGCAGGCGUCAUGUAUGCACAUAUACAGUAUAUGGACUGUUUACAUCUUGUUCUUAUAGUUACCUACAAUUUAUAUAUAUAUAUAUUAUUUUUUUCUGAUUUUUAUACUUCAUGUACAUUACAUUAUAUGGACUGUUAUCACUAGAUGUGAUACAUUUUAUAUUACUGCUAUAUAACAGAUAGUUAUAUAACCCCAUUUUCUGUGACCUACUCAUUAUGUUUAAUGGCUGUGAAGAAAUGCAAACAAUAUACACUAUGUAUUUGGGAAGUAUAUUCUACAGUCCUUAAUUAUUAAAUCAGUUCCUCUUCAGCUGUUUGAUUCCGUGUGUAGUUUAAGUUGUUGUGUUGUUGUUGUUUUUU